UCCUACGCAAGGAGACGAGAGCCACUUGUUAAACCCAGACGGAUCACUCGCGCAUUGGGGGGGUAAUAGAAUACUAGUCAUCGCUCCUCAGCUACAGGCAUCGGUAAUUAUCGGACUUGCAUACAUUAGACUGUCGUCAGCUAUGUCGGGGCUUUGUCAAAGAUAUGCCGAGCGGCGAUUGUGUCGCUGUAGUUGGUAAACGCAUUGGAUGACCCUGUUGUGUUUUUGUUUUGUUGCUGACAAGUUCCUCGUUGCUGCUUUGUUUUGUGUCUAGAGCGGCGUGCUGUCCAGAUGGCAGCUCGCUGUAAUCAGCUUUAUGCGAGAAGGGCGGAAUGUCCACCACACGCCUCCAGACUGUGAGGUAUGCGUUGGGGUUAAAUCCAAGCUAUCAUGUGAAGGAUUUGGUUGUGUGUGUGUGUGUGUGUUAAGCUGCGCUGCCUUACCCAAGGCAGUGGUCUGUAAAAUGUCACCUCCAGCACUGUGACCAUCAUGACUUAUUCAACGACUCAGCUUCAGGCGGCUGCCAGGCCAAACGGACGGAGCUGGACCUCACUGAAAGAGGGGAUGACAGAGAGAGGGGUGAGAGGAAAAAAAGGGGUUAGAGGGAGAAGAGAGAUGAGAGGAGAGAACAGAGAAAGGCAGGAGAGAGGGGUAAAAAGGGAGAGAGGGGGAAGUGAGGCCUGUUUGAGAGGGGAGACAGAGUACAGAAUGGGAAGAGAAAGAGAGGGAAGAUGUGUGUGGAAAGUGGAGAGAAAAAGCGGACAAGGAAUCCGAUCCUCGCUCUGGCUCUACAUCCUGGUCCUCUGCCUCACCUUUGACCCUGCGACCUCUCAGGGUCACUUCCCCCGGCUGGAAAACAUCGGAGCCCACAAGCCCGUCACCCUUUCUCCUGCCCGCUCCAGCUGCGGCACUCCCGAGCGCACCACUUACUGCCACAGCCCCACCUCCCUGGAGGAGCUCCACAACUGCAGCCAGGCGUUCUGCAACCAGGAGUGCCCCUACCGUUCUACCACCCCACCCCAUGCACCCCUACUGCUUCCCGCACACUGGGGCACCUGUGUCACCCAGGACGGGCUGGAUCCUCGCUCCCGGGCAGGAACAGGGGGAGAGGGGGUUAGAGAAGGGGAUGGAUCCAGCAGGAGUGUGAUAUUCCGUUGGACCAAGGGAGGAUGCGUGGCCUCUCCUCCCUUUCAGAGUCAGGGACAUCUGGGCUCCUUCACCCUGGCUGUGUGGAUCAAACCUGAGGCGCCUGGAGACAUGACGGUGUUGGAGAAGAGUUCAGAGGAGAGGUUGGUGUUCCUGUUGACCGUGUCUGAGUCUGCGGUCAAACUACAGUAUGGUCAGCCCAGCGAUCAGGUUGGCACUCUGACCUUCAGCACCCAGGGCAGACUCACAGUGGACAGGUGGACCCACCUAGCUCUACAGGUGCAUGGAAAAAGCGUCAGUCUCUUCUUGGAUGGACUGGAGGAGGACGGCACGCCCUUUGACACUCGACCUCUGACCUCACCCAUCUCUGACAUCAGAAUGGACAGUACCAUGAGAGUCGGACUGAGCUCUAACGGGUCAGAUCAAUUCAUUGGCAGGAUGCAGGACUUCAGAUUUUAUCCCAACACACUGACUAACAGAGAGAUCGUGAAGGUGUAUUCAGGCUUCCUGCCCCCCCUCCACGCUCAGUCAGAGUGCCGUUGCCCCCCCAGUCACCCCAGAGUACACCCCCUAGUGGAGAGGUACUGUAUUCCCAACGCGGUGGAGGACACCACUAAUAACCGUGUGUUGAGGCUCAACAUGGACGCUCACCCUGUCAGCUAUAUCAAUGACCAGGACAUGGGUACAGCCUGGGUGUCCAACAUACUAACUGGACCUGAGGACAUGGACCAAGGGCUGACCAUCACCAUAGACCUAGUCAACGGGCAGUACCAGGUGUUCUAUGUGAUCCUGCAGUUGGUCAGUCCCCAGCCAGAGGCCUUGCACAUCCAGAGGAGAUGCAGUAACAGCAGCAGCAGCAGUAACAGUAGCAGUGUAGAAACAGAAUGGCUAGACUGGCAGUACAUGGCCAGAGACUGCAGCCUGUUUGGUCUGCAGAACAAUGGACCCCUGCUCAGACCAGAUUCUGUCAAUUGUCUACAGUUCCCCAGUGAUGUCCCAUACUCCCAAGGUAACAUCACCUUCAGUAUGUUGACUCCAGAGCCCAACCUGCGUCCAGGCUACAACAACUUCUAUAACACCCCUGCCCUGCAGCAGAUGGUUCAGGCCACCCGGGUCAGGAUCCACCUGAGUGGACAGUACCACACGCAAAAUACAGGGGCGCCCCAACGCCACCGCUACUACGGUGUCAAUGAGAUCACCAUCAGUGGAAGGUGUGAGUGUCAUGGCCAUGCUGAUCAGUGUGACACCAGUGUGACUCCCUACCGCUGUGCUUGUCUGCCAGAGAGCCAUACAGAGGGACACAACUGCCAGCGCUGUGCCCCGCUCUACAAUGACAAACCCUUCAGGUCAGGUGACCAGGUCCAAGCCUACAGCUGUCGACCAUGUGACUGCCAUGGCCACGCCCUUUCCUGUCACUAUGACAUCACAGCUGACGCCCACCCCACUGAACACUACAGAGGAGGGGGAGGGGUGUGUGACGACUGUAUGCACAAUACUACAGGUCGUAGCUGUGAGUCCUGUGUUAGUCAGUUCUACAGGGAGGGGGUUGCUGACCCCAGGUCAGAGGUUGUGUGUCGACCAUGUGACUGUCACACACCUGGCUCCAUCAACGGUAGUCUGGAUUGUCACCCGGUGGGGGGCCAGUGUAAGUGUAAGAGGCGUGUGUCUGGCAGGCGGUGUGAUGUGUGUCAGGUUGGAUUCUACUCUCUGCAGCCGUUGGGCCCCGAGGGCUGUCUGCCGUGCGGCUGCAGCGCUGCAGGCACCCGGGGAGACGACAGCACCUGUCACCAGCAGUCAGGACAGUGCCAGUGCAAGACACACGUAAUCGGUCUUACCUGUGACAGGUGUGACUAUGGCUACAAGCUGUUAAAUUCCUCUCACCUUGAUGGCUGUGUGGGCUGUGACUGUAACCCGGUGGGGUCCCUCAGCCCCUUCUGUGAGCCAGAGGGGGGGCAGUGUGAGUGCAGGGAGGGGGUGGGGGGCCAGCGCUGUGACUCCUGUGCCAGGGGCCUCUAUGGCCUCCAUCAGGCGGGCUCCUGCAUCCCGUGUCUCUGCUCGCCUGACGGGACCGUACCUGGGACUGUGUGUGACCCAGAGACUGGACAGUGUGUGUGUAAGGAAAACACUGAGGGACCUCGCUGCGACUCGUGUCGUCGUGGUUACCACAGCCUGGAGAGGAGGAACUCCUUGGGGUGUCUGGCGUGUGCGUGUGACGUCCGUGGCACCCUGGAGGGGGGUGUGUGUGACCCCGUCAAUGCCCAGUGUCCCUGUAGGGAGGGAGUGGAGGGUGCCCAGUGUACACGCUGCUCCCUACACUACUACAACACGACCUCUGACCUCUACGAUGACCUCACACCUGACCCCUACUACAACAUGACCUUUGACCCCCAGUGGUCAUCCCAGGGGUGUGUUCCGUGUGUGUGUGACCCCACAGGAACAGUGGAGGGGACGAUGUGUGACGCGGACACCGGGCAGUGUGUGUGUGUGUCUACGCGCCACGGAAGGGACUGCGGUAGAUGUAGGCCAGGUUACUUCCUCUCUGUGUCAGAGUUGGGGUCUGAGGUGAGCGUGUGUGUGGAGUGUGACUGUCACCCGGUGGGCUCGUCGGGACAGGUGUGUGGCGGCCAGACGGGGCAGUGUGUGUGUGUUGACCCCUCUGUGGGAGGACGCAGGUGUGACCAGUGUCAGGAGCUCCACUAUGGCUUCAACCCUGGCCUUGGCAGGUGCCAGGCAUGUGUGUGUAACUCCGUUGGAGGGGUGAAUGGGUCAUGCCACCCAGAGACAGGGAGAUGUCAGUGUAAGGCCUUGGUGACGGGGGACAGGUGUGACCGCUGUGUCCCUGGAGCCAGUCACCUGGACUCAGACAACCACCUGGGCUGCAGUAAAGCUCCUAUCCAGCAGCCCAGUCCAGUAGGGUUAGUCCUGACCUCUACCUCCAUCCGCCUGACCUGGAGGCCCCCUGACGCGCCCAACACACACACUCUCAACUACACACUGCUCAGGGACGGCCUAGAUAUACACACUACACAGAGACACUACCCAUUCAGCUCUGUAACUUAUGUGGACAGUGGUUUGCGUCCGUUCAUGGACUAUUCUUACCAGCUAGUAACGGCUAACGUUAAUGGUCAGACGAUGAGUGUUCCAGUCAGUUACCAGACCCUGGCCGCCGUACCGGACCCUGGCCAUAUCCUUCUGACUCUGGUGGGCAGACCAGGACAAACCACAGCCAACCUCAACUGGACCCGACCACAGAACACAUCAGGUCCACAAGAGAGGUUUGUGCUGACCUCAGUGGAGGCUGGUACUGGUAGGGAGCGGGUCCACUAUACAGGUCUAGAGACCCAGGCUGCAGCCACUGGCCUCUCCCCCUACACCCACUACAACCUCACCCUGCAGGCCUGUACUACUGGAGGGUGCACCUCCACCCCUCCCCUGCCCCUCCUCACUUCACCCAGCCCCCCACAGGGACAGCCCCCACCCAGGGUCAACGCCACCGGACCGCACCAAAUACACGCAGCCUGGGACCCCCCCGUUCGUCCCAAUGGUGUUAUUAUAAGGUACGAGCUCUUCAUACGAGGGCCAAUGGAAUCGCAGAACACCACAAGCCCCGCCCCAGAGCGUAGGGUGUUUGUGAGCAGUGGUUGGCUGGAUCCCCGCCUCCCGUCUGACUCAGCCAAAGAGAGUGCUCUGCCUCCUCCCCAGAGCAGCGCCAUGGUAACAGACCUGCAGGCCUUCUCCACCUAUCAGUUGCGAGUUCUGACCGUCAACAUGGCCGGCAGUGUGAUAUCAGACUGGACUACAGCUCGGACACAGGAGGGGGCUCCGGAGUUCGUAGCUCCUCCUGAGGUGUCGGCGGUGUCAUCCUCGUCGCUAAAGGUCGCGUGGAGGUCAGCGCGGGGUCAAGAGGCUAGAGGACAGGUCACUGAAUACAGGGUGAACCUGGUCACAGAGCAGAGGUCCAACCCAUACGCACCACCUGUUUUCACACAGGUGCUGUAUGUAGCCAGUCCAUCAGAGCGUGUGUAUGUUGCAGAAGGACUAGAAGCCUACAGGAGAUAUGACUUCACUGUGACUCUGUGUACCUCACUGGGCUGUGUGACCAGCCUGCCUGCCUCCGGACGAACACUACCUACAGCUCCAGCAGGUCUUGCUCCCCCCAGGUUGAGGCCAGUACAUGGGACAUUGAUGGAGGUGACCUGGGACCCCCCCUCUCAGCCCCACGGACCCCCACCACUCUACCAGGUGGAGCGAACCGACCUCUCUCUCUCUGACCCCCGUGACCUCGUCGUUAGGGGGGCGAGGUUUCCCGGCAACGGUUACCACCGGUUCCCCAGCGACACACUACCGAUCAACAGCGACUUCACAGGGCUCCGGUUGAGUUUCAGAACGCGAGCAUCAGACGGCCUGCUCCUCUGUGCUGUGUCUCCUGGAAACCAAGAGGAGUACCUGGCUCUGCAGAUCCGCAAUGGACGCCCCUACUUCCUGUUUGACCCACAGGGCUGGGCGGUGGGAGUGGGAGUGGAGGGUGACGGGGGGAGGAGCUACAAUGAUGGCCAGUGGCACAGCGUCAUGGCAACCAGGAAACAGGCCGUGGGAACGAUCAUUGUGGAUGAUCAAUACCAAGGUAAUGCAUCUGCUUCCAGCGGCAGUAGCAUUAUUGGGGAAAACACAGGGGUGUUCAUCGGGGGGCUACCAGAGGACUUCACUCUACUCAGACACGACUCAGGUGAUGCUCAGCUGGUACAACAGGGGUUCUCUGGUUGCCUUAGAGACGUGCAGGUGAAGAUGAUUGACAGCCCCUCUGAGAUGUGGCAACCUCUUGAUUGGUCCAGAGCCACAGAGAGGGUUGUGGCCUAUGAGAGCUGGGAAGGAUGCCCCGCUCACACAGAGGAGGGGGCCCACUUCUUGGGACAAGGGUUCCUAGAGCUGAGUCCAGAGGUGUUCCGUGGAGGAGAAGACUUUGACAUCACCUUUGAGUUCAGGACGGACCAACUCAACGCUCUGCUGCUGUUUUCCUACAACACACACACCUCCGAUUAUAUACUGGCUGAGUUGGAAGGAGGAAUGCUGUCAUUGGUUCUAUCCUGGCGUGGUCACAUGACCGAGCUGAGCAUGUGGGCGGGGCUUAGCUACUGCGACGGUGGCUGGAACCAACUCUCAUUGGUCAAACAGGGAGACGUCAUCUCAGCCUCCAUGAAUGAUUGGUCAGAACAGCUGAGGGGGGAGGCAGGGGGGGAGUUGGGGGUGGACUCACCCCUCUACCUGGGAGGAGUGCCUCCUCAACUUAACCAUGGAGCUCUGGUUAGCCACAGUCACAGACAUGGUCUGGGAGGGUGUGUGAGGGGUGUAACAGUUCGGAGUGGUCCCGUUACCGGUUCCGUUGGUGUACCGGAUGUUUCUGCCAUUAGUCUGUCUGCCUCCACCCGCCGCUCUGUUAGGAUCAAUCUGGACGGCUGCCCGGCAACCGACAGCAUCUUCUAUUGCCGUGGCAACGACUCUGUGUUGGUGUACAUGGGCCGAGAGACACAGGCUAGAGACCUGGGAGUACAACCUUUUACAGAGUACCUGUACAGGGUGGUGGCGUCGGGAGAGGGAGGAUGGACCACAGGACCCUGGGAACGCGGGCGCAGCAGGGAAACAGUCCCCCAGAGUGUUGCCCCUCCCUCUAGUCUCCAGAGUGGGAGUGGCUUCAGUGUCCAGGUGAGCUGGGCCCCCCCCCAGGUGAGAGGAGUGAUUGACAGGUACGAACUGAGGGCCUACGACCUGGAUCAGCCUGACUCAACACCUGUUACUGCCUCUUACCUGUCCACUGGUAACCACACAAGCCUGUUGGAGGGUCUGACUCCGUUUACACGCUACGUUGUCACGGUUACAGCUUGCACCUGGGCUGGCUGUAACGAGAGUACCCGUGACGACAGUGGAGAUGGAGACGUGAGUUGGAGCAUCACCACUCCGGAAGAGGUUCCAGAAGAUGUGUCCCCUCCCAGUGCUGUGUCGACCCCCUCCUCUCUGGCUGUGUCCUGGGGUCCCCCUGCCAGACCCAAUGGCCUCAUCACUGACUACCUAUUAUACCACAAUGGACAACUACUCUACCAAGGGAACAACACACACCUCAAUAUCACUGGUUUAGGUGUGUAUUCUCCCCAUAUGUUCGUGCUAAGUGUGUGUACAGCGGUGGGCUGCUCUAACAGCUCCCAGGUCACCCUGCUCACCUCCCAGCAGCCACCUGGAGACAUGGAGCCUCCCAGCCUCACCGUGCUAGACUCCCGCACCGUCUACAUACAAUGGUCUCGUCCUGAGCAGGUGAAUGGUGUGUUAGAGUUCUACAGCGUGUACCUGUCAGUAGAAGGGGAGGAGCCAGUGUGUGUGUAUAACAGCUCGGAACUGUUUGAAGACCACACCCUCCGUAACCUGACACCAGGCACCACCUACAGCUUCACUGUCACUGCGUGUACGGGGGGAGGCUGUUCCUUCAGCCCCCCUAGCGAGGCUCACACAGAGGAGAGCACCCCUGAAAACAUCCCUGCCCCCUACGUCACUCCUCUCUCCCCCCAUGCCCUCAACAUUACCUGGACACCCCCAGACACACCCAACGGAGUGAUCAGCAGCUAUGGAGUGUGGAUGAACGGUGUGCUGGUCCAGAACUCUACCUCCCUAUGGUUCUCUGUUGAUCACCUGUCUCCCUGGAGUCUACACAGCUUUAGAGUACAGGCCUGCACCGCACAGGGCUGUGCCCUGGGACCACUGGUGGAGAGGCGUACGUUGGAGAUGGCCCCAGUAGGUCCUGUGGGGCUGGAGGUUGAUAUUGAAGGACCUACUUCCCUCAGGGCCAAGUGGAGCCAGCCAGCCAAACCUAGUGGGAACAUCACCUAUACACUACUGUACACACACACAGGUCCAGGUCAUGAUGAUGAUGAUGGUAAUGAUGAAGGUGAUGGUGAUAGUGUGUAUAAUAGUAGUGAAGCAGGGAGGUGGGUGUCUGUCGGAGGUCUCCAGCCCUACUCUAACUACAGCCUGAUGGUCCGUGCCUGCAACACUAUGGGGUGUGUGGACAGUCUACGUACUGCUGUCUCCAUGCCCCCUACUGCUCCAGAUGGUGUAAUGCCCCCAGGUGGGUUAGAUGCCACCCCUGCCAGUCUGCAGUUGUCCUGGCUCCCUCCGGGCCGUGCCAACGCUCCUGGACCCCUAUACUACGACCUACAGAUGAGAGAUACGCCAGACGGUCCUAUACAACAACUGUUGAACAACGUGACGAGCACAUACAGCCACACAGUGGAAGGUCUGUCUCCAUACACAGACUACCUGUUCAGAGUGGUGGUGUCACACACACACGGAGAGACCGCCAGUGACUGGACCAGCCUACGUACCGCAGAGGACAGUCCAGGUCCUGUGGACCCCCCUGUGGUGUCAGCCCUCCAGUCGCAUAGUGUGUCAGUCUCCUGGGCCCCCCCAGCCCAGCCCAACGGGGUGAUCACCCACUACACUCUACACCUCACCUCCAUCCUGUCCCUGUCACACAGCACUGCUACAGUACCAGGCAACACUACCAGUUACAGCCUCUAUAACCUCCUGCCCUACCAACUCUACAGCCUGCAGGUGGAGGCCUGUACCCCGGCAGGGUGUACUCUCUCUGGGGAGUCCCAGUCCUUCCAUACCCCCGCUGCCGCACCGGAGGGGGUCCCAGUUCCCCACCUCUACUCUGACACCCCCACCUCAGUACUGCUGUCCUGGGGAGCCCCGGAGAGGAGCAACGGAGAACUGGAGGGAUGGGUGGUGGAGAGGAGUGUGAUAGGCACCCAGCAGGUAUCUACAGUGGUCAGACUUCCCCCGUCCCCUCCUCCCCUCUCCUAUCUGGACCACUCCUCAGCCCUCAGCCCCUGGACCUCCUACCAGUACCGCCUAGUGGCCAGCACACAGGCUGGAUCUAACACUAGUGCCUGGGCUAACAUCACCACCAGACCCUCUCGCCCUGCCGGUCUAGUCCCACCACGGGUAGAUGUGCUGGGACCGGACUCACUGCAGGUCAUGUGGUCCCCUCCUGUCAUUGCUAACGGAGUGAUCGACCGCUAUGAGAUCCGCCUUCCCGACCCGCGCGUAUCCCACGACGACCUGUCCAACCUCACCGUCACGGUAACAGACCUGGUGCCCUACACUGACUACUUGGUCACUGUCCUGGCCUGCUCCUCCGGGGGUGGCCUUAUUGGGGGUUGCACAGAGAGCCUGCCCACUGCCGUUACUACACUACCCACAAUCCCCCAGGACCUGGCACCACUGGCAGUGGUGGCCAUCAGUGAGUCCUUCCUGGCCGUAUCCUGGCAACCUCCCGACAGGCCCAACGGACCUAACCUCAGAUACGAGCUGCUCAGACGUAAAAGCCGCCAGCCGCUGGCCACGCAGCCCCCGGCAGAUCUCCAUCGCUGGUUCAAUGUUUACGCCGGAGACAAAUUGUUUCACCAAGAUAAAGGCCUUAGCAGGUUCACAUGGUACCAGUACCAGUUACUGGUCUAUAAUGACGUGGGCUACUCUACAGGACAGCUGGCUACGGGUGUUACCCUGGCAGGAGUACCCCUCCACCCGCCCUCUCUGUCUGUCCAGACCAUCGACCAUACAUCCAUACACAUCAGCUGGACAGAACCCUCUCUACAGGAUCUCCAGGGUGAGGUGGAACUCUACACCCUCAGGGUCGAAUCCUCUCACCUCAGACAAACUCUGACCUUCCUUCCUGGGGUCGAUUCCACGGUGAUAAGUGACCUGCAGCCCAACACGCGCUACAGGGUUUCCCUGCAGGUGUCCAAUGGAGCUUACAACACUUCUAAUACCGAGGUCAACUGUACUACUGAAGAUGGAGAGCCAGAGGGAGUGUUUCCUCCAGAGGUAGUUCCUGUAAACAGCAGUACAGUGCGCGUGCUGUGGUCUCCCCCUGUACAGCCUAACGGAGCUGUGACUGAAUACUCUGUCUAUCUAGACGGGACUGUGCACGCUACUGCUGAUAACACAUCAGGAUCGUACUUACUGGGAGGACUGCUACCCUUCACCGUCUAUGACAUAAAGGUGGAGGUGUGUACUGUGUAUGGGUGUGUAAAGAGUAACGCUACUCAGGUGACUACAGUGGAGGAUCUACCUGCUGACAUAGCACCUCCACACAUACAGGUGCUCAGCCCCAGAUCAGUGAGGGUGGAGUGGUCUUCUCCAGGUCAGCCCUGUGGUAUCAUGCUAGGCUACGAGGUGUGGAGGAAGAUGCUGAGACCCUGUGGGGGGGCCGAGUGGGGGUCAAGUGUGACCCAGGGGGGUGAGGGGUCAGAGGUCAGAUGCUCCUACCUGCAGUGCUCCGCCUCUCAGGGGGUGUGUGGGGCGUCCUGCUACCAACCUCAGAGACAGGUGUGUUGUGAUGGUGUGGUCUACACCAGUAAACCUCUACACCUGUGCUGUGAGUGGCGUUACCUGCCCUCACCAAAUUCCUCCCACACUCUGUGCUGUGGUGGGAAGCUCCUCCUACCUCUCCCGGAUCACCAAUGCUGUGGAGGAUACUACAUUCCUGUGGCGACUGGUGAGGUGUGUUGUCCUGACCCGGGACAGGGGCGUGUGUCGGUGGGGGUGGGUGACGCUUGCUGUGGGCGGGUGCCUUACUCCCCGUCAGGGGGGCAACUGUGCUGUGGAGGGCUGCUCCAUGACGCCUACAGGUCCCAGUGCUGCGGCAGUACAGUCAUAGAGGAUACCCUGGUCUGCUGUGGAGAUGCAGAGAGAGGGAUACCACACACACCUUUAACAGGUCUGUCCUGCUGUGGGGAGGACUAUUUGAACUCGUCCACAUCGCUCUGCUGUGUUGGCCAUGAUGGUUUUCCUAGAAUGCAUCCUGCUGGUAACGGAACGGUUCAUCUGCAGUGCUGCGGGUCAGAGGUCAUCAACCAGGAAGAGGAGUGCUGUAACGGAGUGGGCUACAACCCCCACAGACAUGUGUGUGCUGACAGAGUGUCAUCUGGACUAGUGAAGGAGGCCCAGUGUUCUCCCAGUACUCUGUGUUCAGUUUCUGCUGCCUCCACAGCCUACUGUGGGUCCUGUUCCUUCAACACGUCUCUCUACAUCUGUACCUGGGUCCACACCACACACACACCUGAAACCACAACGCUAAACUCACCGCAAACUACACACUCACUCAUGACCUCACACACCCCCCUGACCACACACACUCCUUUGGAACAGUCUGAUCCAACCCCCUGCUCCUCCCAAGAAGAUUUGAUCUACAGUGGAGUGGCCAAUAGAUACAGCUACACAGACUCAGACUUGGAGCCUUAUACCACCUAUGAGUACAGAGUAUUGGCCUGGAACAGUUAUGGGCGUGGCUACAGCAACGUCACUGUGGUGACAACCAAUGAGGACACGCCCUGGGGAGUGGCCCCGCCCCACUGGAGUCGCCUAGGCGACCGUGAUGACGUCGUACAACUACAUUGGCAGGCUCCCGCCAAGCCCAAUGGUGACAUCAGCCACUACGUGGUGCUGCGUGACGGACAGGAGCGUUACCGAGGAGACGAGAUGAGCUUUACAGAUGUGGGUGGGAUCCAUCCGUUCCAGGAGUACGGGUACUGGCUCCGGGCCUGUAACACCGCCGGCUGCACCGACAGCUCACAGGUCCUGGCUGUAACUGUGCAGGGGGUACCAGAGGAAGUGGCUUCUCCCAUAGUUACAGCUCUGGGUCCUGGCUCUCUAAGGCUCAGCUGGGCCCCUCCCUCUAGAGCCAAUGGCAUCAUACGACUCUACCACAUCAACAUGACUAGCACCGGGACAAUACACACUCACACACCCUCGGAUGGACCGCUCAACUACACUUUUACAGGUCUGCAGCCUCACUCUGACUACAGCUUUGUGUUGGUGGCCUGUACGGCGGUGGGCUGUGGAGCUAGUCAGCCAUCUACAGGACGCACUCUGCAAGACGCUCCCACAGGAGUGUGGUCCAGCCCUAGACAUGUGGUGGUAAACUCUACAGCAGUAGAGCUGUACUGGGACCAGCCCUUACAGCCUAACGGACAUGUGGCCAGCUACCGUCUACUCCGAGACGGUGUGACUGUGUUUGCUGGAGACAGCCAGGAUAACAACUACACGGACACACAACUGCAGCCCAACACCAGGUAUGUGUUUGUGUUGGAGGCCAGUACCGGGGGCGGUAGUGGUUUGAGUAACAGGUACGUCGUCCAGACACCAGUCUCCUCCCCUCUGGGAGUCCCGCCACCUCAUAACGUCACCGUGUUUGGCCCCCGCUCUGUCUUCGUCUCCUGGAAACCCCCAGGUGUGUUCAACACCAGUCUUCCUCUAUACUACAACAUCCUGUUGAAUCCAGGAAGUGCCAGGUCUGUGAUGCGUGCGGUGGGACGGGAACAGUACCUCAAUGUGUCUGGGUUAGACCCCUACACCCAGUACCACAUCAGAGUCCAGGCCUGCCAAGCCGAUGGGUGUGGGUUAGGUGAGGGGGUGUAUGUGCGUACCUCUGAGGCCCCUCCAGAGGACAUGGACCCCCCCACAGUGACAGCAGCAGGAGCCACAGUCAUCCAGGUCUGCUGGAACCCCCCCCACAAGCCCAAUGGACUCAUCACCUCAUACUUCAUACACAGGCGACCAAUGGGGACGCAGGAGGAGCUGUUGGUGUUUAUCUGGUCCAAUGGGCCGCUAGAGUUUAUCGACGCCAGCGACGCCCUCAAGCCCUUCAGACAAUACCAGUACAGUAUACAUGCCCACAACUCCCGCGGCUCUGCUCGCAGCCAAUGGGCUUCAGCUGUCACCAUGGAGGCGGGUCCAGAGGACAUUGCUCCUCCUAUUGUCACACUGACAAGUGCGUACUCAGUACAGUUGAACUGGACACAGCCUGGACAACCCAAUGGAAGGAUUUCACAGUAUCGCCUGGUGUACAGAAAACAACACACAGACCCCACACUCAACACCUCUACUAUUACUGCGUUGACGGUACCGGGAAGUACUCUCCUGUCCAGUGUGUAUGGCUUGGAGGCGUUCAGUGUGUACAGUGUGCGUGUGGAAGCAGUGAACGGGGCAGGCAGUGUAUCCAGUCCCUGGGUCAGCAUUAGAACCCUGGAGGCAUCGCCUGCCGGCCUGGCUAACUUCAGUCUGGAGCAGAGAGAGCAGGGCCGGGCCCUUCUGUUAACCUGGGACACGCCUCAUACACCCAACGGGGUUAUCACGAGUUAUAACAUCUACAGUGAGGGAAACCUGGAGUUCAGUGGUCUGUCUCGACAGUUCCUGUUCCGACGAUUAGAACCCUUCUCCCUCUACUCUCUGGUUCUAGAGGCCUGUACCUCCGCAGGCUGCACCCGUACCCCCCCUCAGUCUGUUACUACGGCAGCAGCCCCCCCGGGCGCCCAGCCCGCCCCCAUACCCAGCGCUAUUGGCCCACACAGCGUAGAACUCACAUGGAGCCUGCCCACUCAUCCCAACGGACCAAUAGGAGAGUACAUCCUGCUGGGGCGGAGUCUGGAUGAUGGGAGGAAGGGGAACGACAAGGAAACAGCGAGGGCCAAGGUACUGUUCCGUGAGAGUUCCACCCAGGCUUCUAGUUUCUCCCACACUGUGACAGGGCUGUGGCCCUGGACCCAAUAUCAGUUCAGCAUCCGCGUCCACAACCCCGCCGGACACGCAGACAGCCCCUGGGUUACCGUGACAACCAGACAGGCCCCCCCGCAUGGCCUAACACCCCCCUCGGUUGUCCACGUGGAGGGGAACCCCUAUGAGCUCCUGGUGUCAUGGACCCCCCCACUGGAGAGUAACGGGGUGCUUCUGUCUUAUAGGAUCCAGAGAGACAACGUCAGUUUCUCCUUUAGUUUUGACCCCAGUGUUUUCAACUACACAGACGAGGACCUGUCUGCCUUCACCUCCUAUAGAUAUGCUAUUACAGCCUGUACUGCUGAGGGCUGUGUUACUAGUCCUGAAACACAGGUAAAGACACUGGAGGCUCCCCCCGCUGCAGUGGACUUUCCCACCAUAACCAGCAUCACAGCCGAUAGUAUCAACGUGUCCUGGACCGUUCCAUUAAUACAGAAUGGGGAAGUGACGCAGUACAUGCUGGAGGCCAACGGAAAGGAGGUUUACCGUGGGAGUGGCUUGUCUGUGGUGAUGUCAGAGCUGCGGCCGCACACACACUACCGCCUCGUCCUAUUGGCUUGUACCAACGGGGGUUGUACCCCCAGCACCCCUAUCAAUGCCCAAACCCUUGAUGCCCCCCCUCGUGGUCUAAAUCCCCCCUCCCUCAAAGUCACCGGCCCAGAGUCUCUCGAAAUCAUAUGGGGCGCACCGAAGCUCCCCAACGGUAUCAUCACAGGUUAUGAGCUCCGCCGGGAUGGCCAGGUCAUUUACGUCGGGAUGGAAACGCGUUACCAUGACUUCACGCUGUUGCCGAGCGUGGAGUACGGCUACAGCGUAACGGCCAACAACAGUCGGGGAGCGGUGACCAGCUCUGUGGCCAAGGCCAGGACUCACCCGUCAGCUCCCUCUGGUGUUGGGCCUCCCACACUGCAGCCUCUGGGGCCUCGGCAGCUGAGGGUGGACUGGGAGCCCCCAGCGAGACCUAACGGGGUGAUCGUCAGCUACACGGUGUACCAGAGAGACCCGACCCUGCCCUCAACACACAGCUUCCUGUAUGACCCAGAACACAGCGCCUUCUCCGGACGCUCAAUCAUACUGAAGCAGCUCACACCCUACCACAGGUACGAGGUGAGAGUGGAGGCGUGUACAGAGCUGGGCUGUGCCUCCAGUGACUGGGUCUCAGUGCUGACACUAGAGUCUCCUCCUACUGGCCAGUCCAUACCGCUGCUGGAGCUACAGAGAGACGUCAGGGGCCUACAGACCGUCUUUCUGCUCUCUUGGCCCCCCCCGGCCCAGCCCAAUGGUAGAGUCCUACACUAUGAGGUCUAUAGGAGACUGGGUCAGAACACUGAGGUUAGCGGGGGUGCAGCAGCGCUGGUGUAUAGGAAUGAUUCCGCAACGUGUCGUGAUGCCGGUCUCCUGCCCUACACUGACUACCAGUACCAGGUUUGGGCGGUGAAUUCUGUUGGUCGUUCAGGAAGCCAAUGGGCCAAUGGGAGAACAGGUCCCGCCCCUCCUGAGGGUGUUGGCCCACCAACCUUCCUGCGUAUCUUAGCAACCUCGGCUGUUGUUGACAUCCGCCCCCCUACAAGGCCCAAUGGCAUCGUCAGCCUUUACAGGGUGUUCUCAGAGGGCCCCAACGCUACACACACACUGCUUUCAGAGGGGAUAUCUCGUCAGCAGACCCUCCAUGGCCUGAGUCCAUACACUCAGUACUGGGUAGGAGUAGAGGCCUGUACCUGCUACCAGUGCUGCAGCCAGGGCCCCAUGAGUGAGCUGCGCACCCAGGCCUCCCCCCCAGCACAGCAGCCAUCCCCUCGCCCAGUGGCUCUGACAUCACGCUCAGCACAGGUGGAGUGGGACGAACCGCUCGCCCCCAACGGACUCAUAGAGAGUUGUGAGCUGCACAUUCGUUCCUCCUGCCCCCAGCCUCCCCAGCCAGUCCCGCCGCUCUGUGUGGAGGGACCAAUAGAAACGCGGUUCUUCGGGAGGGGCAGGAACUACAACGUAACAGGUCUGCAGCCCUACUCUAGCUACCAGCUCAGCGCUACCUGUUAUAACAACAUGGGUAGUACCGCCUCCAUCUGGACUACUGUUACUACACUCACUGAGGCUCCUCAGUAUAUCUCUCCAUUUGAGGUGUACAGUAACCUGACUCUGGUGUGGCUGGACUGGAGUGCCUCUUUCUCUCUGAACGGUCUUCUGAGAGACUACUCACUGACAGACAACAACCUGAGAGUCUACAUUGGCUUCCACAGCUACCUCUAUAUACCCCGCACCUCAGAGAAGACCCUCUCCCUCCAGGUGACCUGUACCACAGACAUUGGUAGUGCCAGCACCCCUAUCAUCAGAUACAGUCCUGCUACAGGCAUGAGUCCGGUGGAGCCCACCCCAGGAGGGAAGCAGGGUGUGGGGACCCAGGGAGCUCCAGUCUACUCUGAGAUGUGGUUCAUCCUGCUGCUAGUCUUUCUGGGUCUCCUGGUCCUGGCUGUGCUGCUGGGCCUGGUGCUGAGGAGGGCCCUGAGGAAAGAACCCUUCAUUAGAGAACGCCCCCCUCUCGUCCCCUUGCAGAAGAGGAGCCAGGCGGGAGGAGACGCUUACAUGAGGCCGUAUUCUGACAUGUGUUCUAAACAUCACGCCAGUACUCUCCUCCUCACUGACCUCUCCACUGUUGCAUUUGAUACGGUAACAGACUGUCUAGAGGACAGCAACGUGACUCUAAAGAGCUACACUAUGAACUAUGAGGGCCUGACGGACAGUAAGAUUGUGGGCGGAGGCUCACGGUUCAGCCCCAUGUCGGUCCUCCGUGUGCCCAGCCAAUCACAGCUCAGCCAUGCCUACUCCCAGAACUCCCUGCACCGCAGCGUCAGUCAGCUGAUCGAACAGGACAGGAAGUCUCUGAUGGGGGAGGGAGGACAAGACUCUGGGCUGUAUGUGGAGGAUGAUGAGUUUGUUGAAGCCAUCAAAGCCUUCAGCUCUGUGAGGAAGGAACACACCAUGUUCACAGACACACACCUCUAGAUGGGGUCCCCCCCCACACAACCACACACCAACCACCAACAUCUGGGCUCUCGACACACUACAACUGAACUGAAAACCCAGAACUCAACCCCCAGCAGUCAAAACAUGAACACAAACCAUGGACCUCAAACUGAAACCAUGAACCCUGAACUCAAGUUAGGAAUCCUGGAUUCAGAACUGAAAGAAUCCCAGGCUUUCUAAAACUCCUAUACUCAUCAUUAUUACUUUAUGCCAACUGUCAUAACCUGGAAACAGCUAAACAUUUCAGCAAGUGUGGAACUCAAAGCAAUGCCUCUCACCUCUUUCAUUUUUAUCAUAACAGUUAACCUACUGUAAGUGUGUGGUAACUGUGCCUAGUAAACCUAGCAUCAAUGACAUUUUUAAUGGUAUUUGUGACAAGACCAUUUUUAUAAUCAGUGUAAAAGCCAACUGUUUAUGUGAAUGAACUAUAUCCACAAAUGUAUCAUCUGACAGUAUUUGGUUGAUCAAUGUUGUGGUAAGUGGUUGACGGAAGUUUUGAUGUGGUAAUAGUUUUCUUGAGGUUAACCAUAGUGCUGUGUGAUGCUUCCACACACCUAACAUUGUGUUUCAAACUACACUACAUGACCAAAAGUAUGUGGACGUCUGCUCACCAAACAUCUCAUUCCAAAAUCAUGGGCAUCAAUGCGGAGUUGGUCCCCUCUUUGCUGCAAUAACAGCCUCCACUCUACUGGGAAGGCUUUCCACUAGAUGUUGUAACAUUGCUGUGGGGACUUGCUGUGCUGGACCUCACAAAAGCAUUAGUGAGGUCGGCCACUGAUGUUAGGCGAUUAGGCCUGGCAUUCCAAUUCAUCCCAAAGGUGUUCGAUGGGGUUGAGGUCAGGGCUCUGUGCAGGCCAGUCAAGUUCUUCCACACCGAUCUUGACAAACCAUUUCUGUAUGGAGCUUUCUUUGUGCACGGGGGCAUUGUCAUGCUUAAACAGGAAAGGGCCUUCCCCAAAUUGUUGCCACAUAGUUGGAAGCACAGAAUCGUCUAGAAUGUCAUUGUAUGCUCUAGCGUUAAGAUUUCCCUUCACUGGAACUAAGGGGCCUAGCCCGAACCAUGAAAAACAGCCCCAGACCAUUAUUCCUCCACCACCAAACUUCGCAGUUUGCACUUUUAUUCGGGCAGGGAGCGUUCUCCUGGCAUCCACCAGACCCAGAUUCGUCCGUCGGACUGCCAGAUGGGAAAGCGUGAUUCAUCACUCCAGAGAACGCGUGUCCACUGCUCUAGAGUCCAAUGGUGGCGAGCUUUACACCACUCCACCCGACUCUUGACAUUGCACAUGGUGAUCUUACGCUUGUGUGCGGCUGCUCGACCAUGGAAACCCAUUUCAUGAAGCUCCCGACAAACAGUUCUUGAGCUGACGUUGCUUCCUGAGGCAGCUUGGAACUCGGUGUGAAUGUUGCAACAGAGGACAGACGAUUUUUGUGUGGCCUCUACGCACUCCAGCACUCCGCAAUCCCAUUCUGUGAACUUGUAUGGCCUACCACUUCGCGGUUGAGCCAUUGCUGUUCCUAGACGUUUCCAUUUCACAAUAACAGCACUUAUAGUUUACCCGGGCAGCUCCACAGGGCAGACAUUUGUCGAACUGACUUGUUAGAAAGGUGGUAUCCUAUGAUGGUGCCACGUUGAAAGUCACUGAGCUCUUCAGUAAGUCCAUUCUACUGCCAAUGAUUGUCUAUGGAGAUUGCAUGGCUGUCUGCUCGAUUUCAUACACCUGUCAGCAACGGGUGUGACUGAAAUAGCCGAAUCCACUCAUUUGAAGCGUUGUCCACAUACUUUUGUAUAUAUAGUGUAUCGUAGAGAUUUUCAACAAGUUUUCUUGGUACAGUAAAUAAUGUUGUCGUUUUGUUUUUUUACACUGGCAGUAUUAAUUUAUUAAUGUAAAAAGUAUUAUAUAUAUAUAUAUAGUGGAUUUUUUUCUUUGUAUGUGGUCUGGCCUAUGUUCAUAAUGUCUUAUAACUGUGUUACAUAUCUCCAUCUUCAACUUAGUCUUGAGUCAGCUGUUUAGCCCAGACAACUAUGACAAUCCUUAGGCCAGACAAUAGUUGGUCCAGAGUCCAGAGCAGGGAUUCCAAAACUAGGUCCUGGGGCCCCCUACUUGAGUGCACGUUUAGUUUUUUUGGCCCUAGCACUACACGGCUGAUUCAAAUAAAGCUUGACAAUGAGUUGGUUAUUUGAAUCAGCUGUGCAGUGCUAGUGCAAACCCCAGGACCUAGUUUGUGAAGCCCUGCGCAAGAGAGAUGGCACAUGGUUGGCUGUACAGUUGGAUGAUCUGUGUAGCGACAUAGCUGAAGAGAGACAAGCAACUCUAGUGUCCUAGUUUAGAUCUAUCUCCCACUCCUCUCCUGCACCUGGCCUGGUUAGAACAUAGACAGUGGCCAGUUGAAUAAAACUAAUUGACUCUUCUUGUGUAGCUUUGUGUAGAGAGCUAGGCACCAAAAUUCUAGGUACUAGAAUGCUUUUUUACUUUUUCAUGAUAAGACACGUCAUAUUGUAAUGAAUUCGUUUUUUUGAAUGUCUCCCGAUUAAUAAUGUAUUUGAGAAAUAAAUAUUGUGGUGUAACUUAAA